UUAUUGAAGUAAGGACAGAAUGUGGUUUCAAAGCAGUUAGAGAAAGAACGGGAAUGCUGUUCAGGAAAUUCUUCAGGCCUGGGCAGGGACUUGGCUGCAACUCUGCCGUUGGAAAAUCUGACAGGGGCAGCUUCUGAACACGGGCUAGGCCUCGCUCUGCUCCACAAGAGCCCUCUCUCUUCCUCUGUCUUCUCUGCACAGCCUGGGAGCUGGGAUUGUGCAUGGUUUUGAAUCUGCCGGAGUCUGAGAGACAGAGAUGCCUCAGGAACAGUACCCACACAGGAACAACAUGCAGAACUCAGAAGGACCACAGGUAUACAAAGUGGGGAUUUAUGGCUGGCGGAAGAGAUGCCUCUAUUUCUUUGUCCUUCUUCUAAUGAUUUUAAUUCUGGUGAACCUUGCCAUGACCAUCUGGAUUCUCAAGGUCAUGAACUUCACAAUUGAUGGAAUGGGAAACUUGAGAAUCACAGACAAAGGUCUAAAGCUAGAAGGAGACUCAGAAUUCUUGCAACCUCUCUACGCCAAAGAAAUCCAGUCCAGACCAGGCAAUCCACUGUACUUCAAAUCUGCCAGGAAUGUUACAGUGAACAUACUCAAUGACCAGACAAAAGUUCUAACUCAGCUUAUAACAGGUCCGAAAGCAAUAGAAGCCUAUAGCAAAAAGUUUGAGGUGAAGACUGUCUCUGGAAAAUUGCUGUUUUCUGCCGAUGAUAACGAAGUCGUGGUAGGAGCCGAGAGAUUGAGAGUUUUAGGAGCAGAAGGCACUGUGUUCCCUAAAUCAAUAGAAACACCUAACGUCAGGGCAGACCCCUUCAAGGAACUAAGGCUUGAGUCACCUACCCGCUCCCUGGUGAUGGAAGCCCCUAAAGGAGUAGAGAUCAACGCAGAAGCCGGCAACAUGGAAGCCACUUGCCGGACAGAGCUGAGACUGGAAUCCAAAGAUGGAGAGAUCACAUUAGAGGCUGCAAAGAUCAAACUACCUAGAUUGCCUCAAGGAUCCUACUCCCCCACAGGAGCAAGACAGAAAAUCUUCGAGAUCUGCGUCUGUCCCAAUGGGAGGCUGUUCCUGUCUCAGGCAGGGACUGGUUCUACUUGCCAGAUAAACACAAGCGUCUGCCUUUGAGAGACAUUAUCUCGCGGACAGCGAAGGCAGCAAAAGGGCCUUUUGGGGCCGCACAGAUUCUGGCUGCCAACUAUUUUUACUAGAACACAGAAAGCCUAGCCAAGACUUUUUUUGUGUGUAAGCGUAUGUGUGUGUGUGCGCGCGCGUGUGUGUAUGAGCAUGUG